UAUAUUUUUUAUUUGAAAAUUCUUUUAUUAUAAUUGAAUUGGUUUUAUUUUCAAUAAUUUUAAUUAUGAAAAUUAUAUUGUUGUUGAUGAAUAGUAUGGCUCAUCUUCAAUGCCUACAUUUCAUGAUCAUUUUAUUUUCAAAUAAUCGAAUUUUCUUAAAUGUUUUCCUUUUAAAAUUUUUUUAAAUCAUAAAUUUCACCAUAAUAAGCGACCGAUUUUUAAUUUUUUCUCUUUCUUCUCUAUAUUUCAUUCUCUCUGAACUCAGACCAUCGUCUACCACCACUUAGACCGCCGUUCGUCACCGGUAACGAGCAAAAGAUACAUAUUUUCUUCCUAUCAUCCUUCCAAACACUGUAAUGAGUUUUAUUUUUUGAAAAAAAAGCCCUUUUUUCCCUACAAAGAAAGCAAAAAUAUUAAAAUAUUAAAAUCUUAGAUCUGACACCGGUAACUACCAAAAAUACCUCUUUCUCUUCCUCUCAUCCUCCUAAAAACUUUAAUCGUGUUUUUUUGAAUAUUUUUCUCUGCAAAAAAAAAAAUCUAAAAAUCUGCGAAAUUUAAGAUACGGCGCCGUACGAAGGUUCACAGUUGCUGUGGUUACAGGCAUCUGAAUAAUCAGCAAAAUGGUUUCCUUUGAAAUGAACGACCGAAAGAAAAUUGGGCUGGGAUUAACGGGAUUUGGCAUAUUUUUCUCAUUUCUGGGAAUAAUCUUCUUUUUCGAUAAGGGAUUGCUUGCCAUGGGAAAUAUCCUUUUCAUAUCAGGAGUGACCUUAACCAUUGGUCUGAGGUCCACCAUGCAAUUUUUCAUGAAGCGUCAAAAUUUUAAGGGAACAAUUUCUUUUGGUGUUGGCUUCUUUUUUGUUGUCAUUGGAUGGCCUAUCUUUGGCAUGAUAUUGGAGGCAUAUGGAUUCAUUGUGCUCUUUAGUGGCUUUUGGCCGACACUGGCAGUGUUUCUUCAGAGGAUACCUAUUCUUGGUUGGCUGCUGCAGCAACCAUACAUCAGAUCGUUGUUCGACCGAUACCGGGGCAGGAGGGUGCCUGUGUAAGCCCAUCUAUCAGAGAAAGUGGAACAAGUGAUAGGCUAGUUGACUUGUAAGUCUUUGUAGAAUACUGGUUGGAAGAAGGCCUCUUUUUCCUUUUUAAUUUUGUUCAGACGGUGAUGAUGUAGAAAAUCAGUGUUAUAAUUUUUUGAUUAAAGAAUAGAAAAAGAAAAUGAAAAACUGAAGUAAUUGUGGUUACUCUGAGCAACUCUGUGGGCUCUGCCUUUCUGUAGACGGCGUUGCUGGCUGAACGACAGAGUCGACCAAUCAAGGUCGAAUUACACACUUGAACUCCAUUGGUGGAUUCAAUUGAGACUCAUAAAAUGGAAUUUUUCAGGGAAAAGAGUAGGGUCCCAAAAUGCAACUUACAUCUCGUCUUCUCCCAACUUUUAAUGGGUCCUUAAAGAGUUUUGGUUAAAUUGUAAUCCGUUUUUUAGCAGUGCACUAAUGCACUAGCUAAAUUUGUUCUUAUAGCAGCUGCUGUUUUUAUUUUACUUAAUAUUUUUAUCUCUACAAUAUUGUUAGGUCAAAUUAUGUGAAUUAUUUUUUUAUUUAUCAGAUCGUAUGAAUCAGUUUAGUUAAAAUUCAAGCCCUUUUGCACAAAACUAACAUCAACUCAAAUGUACUUGUUUAAUUAAAACACAACUAAUAAAACGACAUCUGUCUAAAAAAUGUUUAGAUUGCAGUUGAAACAAGCUUUAACAAAUAUUU